AUGGGUAACCAAGUAGUGUCUAAAUUUUUUGAAAAAAGUAAUGAUACGAAAAAAAGAAACAUCAUAGAUAAAUUUAAGAAUACUAAUGAUGAGAACAAAAACGAAAAUGCAAAUGGAUUUUUGUUAAUACAUAAUGUAACAAAAAACAAAAAAGAUGAUAAUGAAAAGAAAAAUAAUGAAAUAUAUGAACAAAUAAAUAGUAAAAAGGAACAAAAAUUUAAUAUCAAAGAACAAAUAAGUAACCAAAAGGAUACUAACGAAUCUUACAUGGAAAAUAAUGACGUGGAAAAAAUAAAAGAAGAAAACUUUCAUUUAUUUGAUGAAAGUUUGAAUUCAAAUAACGUCAAACACCCCUGUCAUGCGCAGUGGUUUUUGUUUUGGGUAUAUGCUUCUUAUUUAAAUGAAAAGUUCUCAGAAACUGAAAAGGAAUAUGUUCAUUCUUUUUAUUCGUAUUUUCCUGAACAGUGCAUAAAUGGAAAAGGGAAAAACUGUUUUACCGAAUUUUGUCAAAUUUACCCAGUUAGGGCUGAGUCCAGGGAAGAACUCAUGAUGUGGUUGCAAACGUGCGAAAAUUAUUGCAGACAAAAAGCGGAAUUACCUGUAAAAAUUUUCAAUUACAAUAAACUGUUAAAAAGGUGGAGGUACGAUGAUGAUUACAUUUAA